CUCUCAGCUUGAUUUGGUUUGGAUUGAGAUACUGUAUGUGAUCUGAGUCGUUUCUUGUUUUAUGAAUUUGCAUGUAAAGAUUGAAACUUUGUAAGAAACUCGUGGUUUUAUUGGAGUGAAUAUGUAGUUUUUACUGCUAAAAAAAUAUGUAGUUUUUACUCUUUCUUAUUAUUUCUCUUGUUUUAUUCUUGGGUUUGGCUAGAUAUCUAUAUGGGCAUGAACUUGAAGGUUAUUAUUUUGGAAGUUAUUAUUCUUAGGCUUUGUUUUGAUAGCUUCUACUAUUCUAAUUUCUUGGCUUGAGAAUAGUUGUUGUUAAUAUGGGCAUAUGAUACCCUUUUUAUAACUUAGCCAAGUGUUUGUCUUUGUUUUGAUUAGUUGUGUGGAAAUUAAAGUCUGAAUUUGUUUGGAUUAAUUAUCAGGACAAUUGGCUUAUGUUUGUCUAUAUUUUGAUGAUGCAUUUGGACUUAUUCAAGAGGUGCUUGCAAGGCAAUGAACAAUUAGCCUACUUGGUCGGAUGUCGAUAAAUACUUCGAUGCUUAUGUCAAUAUGAGAAACGUGAGAAUGGAUUUGAGAAUGAACUCGGAUGCUUAAGUUAGAAUUUGAGAAGGUACUCCGAUACUGAAGUUAGUAUGAGAAAUAAGAGAAUGAAUCUGAGAAUUAUACCAUAUCAUAAGUUGAUGAUGAACGGAACUAGAGGUCUUUUAUAUAGUGGUUUUCUAUAUCUCCUUUAAAAAUCAGAAUGCACAUGUAUCAAUAUGCCAUUGGCUUCUUUGCUGAUCAUCCUGUUUGUAUGUAGAUUCGGAUGUCCUUUUUAGGUAUAGGUUUCCUGGUCAGAUACGUCAUCUAUCAGGUUAUGUGGAUUGGUUCAUAACUUAUUACUGCUAAUAUGGUGUUGUAUCCUUUGUCACCAAACUAGGCUUGUGUAAAUAAGGAAAUAAAGUAUGCUGAAUUGCUGAUCAUCUUUGUUAUAUAAGCAUGUUGCAUAAGGAUUGCUCUUCUGUCAUCCCAACAAAAUCCGGAAGCAUAGUGGAUUUUAAUUGUGUAUAUUGCACAAACGCAUGGACAUGCUUGUGCAUCUCUAUUUAUGUUUAGAAUUUGUUCUUGAAUUGCUAAUGCUAGUUUUUCCCCUCAUUUAAAUGAUGAUGUGACAGCCGUAAUAGUUCGAAAAGCAAGAGGGCAAGAUUUCAGCAGUCAUGCAGAUUUUCUUCUCCUGAAUCUCAGUACCCUGAAUUUCCCUUCCAUCAUUCUAGAUCUUCAUAUGUACUGUUCUACUUCCUAACUCAAGCUCGCCUGACUUCCGAAAAAGUAUCUAACAGUUGCAAGGAAUAGAGAUAGUCAGAAGGUAAGGCUUGCUUUGGAAGAAAAGGGAAUUGACUACACAUCACACCAUGCCAAUCCUAUAACAGGCAAGAACAUGGAUGUCUCAUUCUUCAGGAUAAAUCCAAGUGCAAAGCUCCCGGUUUUCCAGAAUGGCGCCCAUAUCAUGUUCGACACCAUUGAGAUAAUCUUGUACAUUGAAAGAAUUGCUGUUGUCUCUGUGGGUGCUGAUGAGUCCUCGUUUAGUACAAGAGAAGUUGUUGAAUGGAUGCACAAGAUACAACAGUGGAAUCCCAAGUAUUUCACACUUUCUUGCAUCCCAAAGAAGUACCGGAUGACUGUUUCCAAAUUCCUAAGGCGAGUGGUGAUAGCUCGGAUGGCCGAAUCCCCUGAUCUAGCAAGUGCUUACCACCGUAAGCUGAAACAAGCAUACGAAACUGAAGACAAGUUGAAAAACCAAGAAGUUGUUAGACGAAGCAAAGAACAUCUUAUUAGACUACUUGAUGAAGUUGAAACACAGUUGAAUGAAGCAUCAUAUUUAACAGGGGAAGAGUUCUCAAUGGCAGAUGCAAUGCUAAUCCCAGUACUGGCUCGGCUGGUACUCCUUAAUUUGGAAGAUGAGUAUUUAAAUAGCAGGCCAAAUAUUGCUGAGUAUUGGAUUUUGGUGCAGCAGCGGCCAAGUUAUCGGAAGGUGAUUGGAAAGUAUUUCAAUGGUUGGAGAAAAUACAAAACACUGAUAAAAACUUGGAGUUUUGUUCGUUUUCGGAGUCUGUUGAGAAAAUACUGAUAAAAAAACGCAGGAUCAGAAUAAGAGGAUGCUGUGUAUUAGAAAGAUUGUUGUACAAUUAAAUAAAGUGCAAAAUGAAAUGUAAAAAAAAUAUACAUGUUCUUUUUCUUCUGCCCUUCAUUUUGGUGAAAUGUUUUCUGAUUGUUUUUUAUUCAUUCAAUUGAAUCCAAGUUGAAACAGUACAAGUGCA